UGCUCCGUCACUGACUGUCCUGUGUUAUAAAGGAGACAAAGAGAAACGAGCUGAGAUUCAGAGAGAAAGAUCGAUGCAGGAUUUUCACGUUCUUCUCACCACGUACGAGCUCUGCCUCAAAGACACCUCAUUCCUGAAACGGUGGAAGUGGAAGGUGCUGGUCGUGGACGAGGCUCAUCGUCUGAAGAAUCAAAAGUCACUGUUACAUAAAACUCUGACACAGUUGUGUUCAGAGUUUAGGGUGCUGCUGACAGGAACACCGAUCCAGAACAAUCUUCAGGAACUCUACUCUCUGCUGACUUUCAUCCAGCCCAGCGUCUUCACUGUGGACGAGCUGAACACGUUUGUGCAGUAUUACGCAGACGUACGGAAGAAUCCUGCUCUUGCUGCUGAACUUCAGAAGGUCUUGGAGCCGUUUCUUCUGCGCAGAGUGAAAUCUGAGGUGGCUCUAGAUUUGCCCAGGAAGGUGGAGCUGGUGGUUUAUCACGGCAUGUCGGCUCUGCAGAAGAAAUACUACAAAGCUGUUCUGAUGAAGAACUCUGAGGCGUUUGGAAACGAGCAGCGGAACAAGACUCGACUCUUGAACAUCCUGGUGAACCUGAGGAAAUGUGUCAACCACCCGUAUCUGUUUGACGGUGUGGAACCAGAGCCGUUUCAGAUGGGAGAACAUCUGGUUGAAGCCAGUGGGAAGCUCUGUCUCUUGGACAGCAUUCUGACUCUGCUGCACAAAGAGGGUCAUCGUGUCCUGCUGUUCUCUCAGAUGACCAGGAUGUUGGAUAUUAUCCAGGAUUAUUUGGAGUACAAAAAUUACAGCUACGAGCGUCUGGACGGUUCAGUCCGAGGAGAAGAACGGAAUCUGGCCGUGAAGAACUUCAGCAGCAGAGACGUCUUCAUCUUUCUGCUCAGCACUAAAGCAGGUGGGGUGGGGCUGAACCUCACGGCCGCUGACACCGUCAUUUUCGUGGACACUGACUUCAACCCUCAGAACGACCUGCAGGCCGCAGCUCGCUGCCAUCGCAUUGGUCAGAGCAGACCGGUGAAAGUGAUCCGUCUGCUGGCCAGAAACACUGUGGAAGAGAUGAUGUACUCUCGCGCCGCAUCCAAACUCCACCUCACCAACACGGUCAUCGAAGAGGGACGCUUCUCUUUACUGAAUGAACCUACCACCAGUACAGCACAGGGAAUGCAGCUCAGCGAGAUCUUGAAGUUCGGGGUAGAUAAGCUCCUGUCAUCAGAAGAGAGCUCCGUGCAGGAUGUGAAACUGGAGAAGAUCCUCGGCCUGUCACGCAACGGACAGUGGGUGAGUGACGAGGAUGUCAGCUCACACAGUGAAGAAGAGGAUGAGGACGAAGAAGAGCAGGAGGAGGAGGAGCAGGAGGAGGAGGAGGAGGAAGAGGAGGAAUCAGACAGAUAUCACAUGUACUACUUUGAGGGCAAAGACUACAGGCAGUGCACCAGCUCUAAAGACCUCAAUGCCUUCGAUCGCCUGGUGGAGGAGCAUCAGGCUGCGAUUCAGACGCAGGCGGGAGAGGGACGAGCACUGCGACACAAAGCUGGAGGAACGCCGUCGUUCGCUGCCGGGAUUCCAACAAAGAAGAGGAGAACUUUCACCGAGGCCGAGCUGGAGCUGAGGCGUCAGAAGAGAGAAGAGGCUGCAGCCAAGAGAGCCAAGACUCAGGAGGACACAAAGAAGAGACAGCAAGAGCAAAAACACAAGAACAAACUUGCCUGGUGGGACUCGUGUGGCUACAGAUCGCUGUGUCUUCAGUCUGUGGACAGCGAGGAGGAGGAAGACGAGGAGGACUUGGACGAUGUCAGCAGUGUUUGUUCCACAGACUCCGACGACAGCAGAGCGAUCCACUACGUCCUCGGGGACGUCACUCAUCCUCAUGCGCAGAAGGAAGACGCCGUCAUUGUCCACUGUGUUGAUGACUCAGGGCGUUGGGGCAGAGGAGGUUUGUUUACUGCUCUAGAGACGAGAUCUGACGAACCACGAAAGCAGUAUGAAUUGGCAGGAAAGAUGAAAGAUCUGGAGCUUGGAAACGUGCUGGUCUUCCCCAUCGAUGACAAACAGUCCAGAAUGGACGGCCAAGAUCGAGUUUCUGUACCUCAGCUGGCUCUGAUCGUGGCUCAGCACAGAGACAAACACAACAGUCUGUCUGGAAUCUUCCUCUCUGCUCUGGACCAGGGUCUGAAGAAGAUUUCUGUGGCGGCCAAACGACUCAAAGCAAGCGUUCAUCUUCCUCGCAUCGGUCACUCCACCAAAGGGUUCAACUGGUAUGGAACUGAGCGACUGAUCAGGAAGCACUUGGCCUCCAGAGGAAUCUCAACAUUCAUAUACUAUCACAGCACAGCAGCUCCAGCUCAGGCUCUGGCCCCUGCUGCAGCUGAUCCACCGCCGCCUGGCUCUGACACAGAGAGUCCAGGUCCGUCAGCUGCUGUUCCGAAUCUGCCCAGUUUCAUGACAGGAGUCCACGUGUUCUUCUACAACCUUCCUGCGUCAGAGAGGAAGAGCCUCGCCCGCUACCUCAUCACUUAUGAUGGAGACGAGGAGGAUGUGAUGAGUCCAGGUGUGACUCACAUCGUUGCCGAGGUGGAGAACAACAUCCACUCACAGGAGCUCCAGGACCUGGUUGGUCAGUACACUCGGGCAGUUGCGGUACAGAAGUCCUGGUUGGAAUCCUGCUUCUCCAAACAACGAAAAGUCGACACUAAACCCUUCAAGCAUUUGUUGGAUUAACAGUCGAGUUUCAGUCUGAUUUCUGUUUUUAAUUAAAGUUUUCUCAUUUUCUUCUUCA